UUCUCACCACCUUCACCACCAGGCCAACCGGUUAAUGGCGCAUUAGAUAAGCAAAACCGCACUUUGCGUGGAUAUUAAGAGCUUUACUGGUUCGCAGUGCGCGCACACGCUUCCCACAGCCCACCAUCUUACUACUAUUUAUACAGUUGGGUUGGGUGGGGAACUUGCUUUCUCAAUCAAAAUCCAUUUGAGGCAAUCUUCAGUUAACGCCCAUGAAUGCCCUUAUCACCUUUAUUUUCAGUUUGUCCUUUUUCUCCGCUGUCUCAUUGUUGACAGAAACCGGUGCAGCCGCUGCAGAGAAGGAUGGUGUUUAUAUUGUGUACAUGGGAGCAGCGGCUUCGAGAAAGGGUUCAUUAAAGGAUGAUCACGCUCAACUUCUGAGCUCAUUGCUGAAACGGAAAACAAAUGCCCUGGUUCACAACUACAAACAUGGUUUCUCAGGGUUUGCAGCAGUUCUGUCAGCAGAAGAGGCUCAUUCGAUUGCCGAGAGACCAGGAGUUGUGUCGGUCUUCCCCGAUUCUGUGAUAGAACUCCACACUACUCGCUCAUGGGAUUUCUUGAAGUAUCAGACUUCGGUGGUGAUCGACUCAAAUCCCAACUCAGACUCAAACUCAACAUCUGAUCCUGAUUCGGGUGCCAUCAUUGGCGUCCUAGAUACAGGAAUUUGGCCGGAGUCAGAGAGUUUUAAUGACAAGGACAUGGGUCCAAUUCCACCAGGAUGGCAUGGUACUUGCGCACAAGCACAAAAAACACGUCCUCAACAUUUGUUUUGCAACAGAAAGAUCAUUGGAGCAAGAUCCUAUGAGGCGGACGAUAGUUCGGUAAUAAAGUACCAUUCGCCAAGGGAUACAAUUGGGCAUGGCACUCAUGUGGCGUCAACCGCAGCAGGAAGUGAGGUCCAGGGUGUAUCUUACUACGGCCUGGCGGAAGGCACCGCCAAGGGUGGAUCUCCGGGGUCAAGACUAGCUAUUUAUAGAGUAUGUUCCUCUCACAACGGAUGCCGUGGGUCCAGUAUCUUAGCAGCAUUUGAUGAUGCGAUUGCUGAUGGGGUGGACGUGCUCUCAUUGUCCCUUGGAGCACCCUCAUUUUUCAAGCCAGAGCUUAUUGAUGAUCCCAUUGCCAUCGGAGCAUUCCAUGCUGUGCAGCAUAAUAUUACUGUGGUCUGCUCUGCAGGAAACGAUGGACCUACCCGUGGAUCAGUUGUCAAUGCUGCACCUUGGAUCUUGACCGUUGCCGCUAGCACAAUCGACCGAGAUUUUGAGUCUGAUGUUGUGCUGGGGGAAGAUAAAGUAAUCAUUAAGGUAAUGAUCUUCUUUGACCCGUUCUCCUGUAUUCUCCUCGUCCUAGUUUUCGUCAUUUAUCUUCUGACUGAUAUACAGGGUGAAGGCAUUAACUUCGCCAACAUUCAAAAAUCUCCAGUGUACCCGAUUAUAUAUGCACAAUCAGCCAACAAAACUGGAGUAGACGAAAAUGAAUCAAGGAGCUGCAACCCAGAUUCCAUGGACCAAGAAAUUAUCAAGGGAAAGAUUGUUGUUUGUGAUAAAGACGGUCCCUAUUCACCGAGUGAGAAGAAAGAUGUAGUGAAGAAUCUUGGAGGCAUAGGCGUAGUCUUGAUUGAUGAUGAAUCAAGAGCAGUGGCAUCCACUUUUGGCACAUUUCCCGCCACAGUGAUCAGUUCAAAGGAUGGCGCUAAGGUUCUCUCCUACAUCAACUCAACCAAAAAUCCAGCCGCCACAAUCUUGCCUACAACAUCACCGACAAACUAUAAACCAGCACCUACCAUAGCAUACUUCUCAUCUAGAGGCCCUUCAACCAUCCCAAAGAACAUUCUCAAGCCUGAUAUUGCAGCACCUGGAGUUAACAUUCUUGCAGCAUGGCUAGGAAAUGACACGGCUGAGGCUCCAGAAGGCAAAGACCCACCACUGUAUAAUGUGAUCUCAGGAACUUCGAUGGCAUGUCCACAUGUUUCUGGGAUUGCCGCCACGGUCAAAUCAAGAAACUCUAAAUGGAGUCCCUCCGCAAUCAGGUCUGCCAUUAUGACAACAGCAACUCAAACAAAUAAUUUGAAAGCCCCAAUUACGACAGACAAAGGUGCAGCAGCUACACCUUAUGAUUUCGGUGCAGGAGAAGUAAGCACAACAGGACCAUUGCAACCUGGCCUAGUUUACGAGACUACCACCAUUGACUAUUUGAAUUUUCUCUGCUACUAUGGUUAUAAUAUAUCUACAAUCAAAAUUAUCACCAACACCAUCCCAGAUGGGUUUACUUGCCCCGAGGAGUCAAGCAUCGAUCUUAUAUCCAACAUCAAUUAUCCAUCAAUAGCGAUUUCCAAUUUCAAUGAAAAAGCAGGCAGGAAAGUGAACAGAACCCUUACAAAUGUUGCCGAAGAUGAUAAAACAGUCUACACCGUAAGCAUUGAUGCACCUGCAGGCCUAGAUGUUCAAGUGGUUCCAGACAAGCUGCAAUUCACGAACAAUGGCCAGAAGUCAUCUUACCAAGUGAGUUUCUCUUCUGCAAAUCCGCUCAAGGAAGAUGUAUUUGGAUUCUUAACGUGGUCUAACGAAAAAUACAAAGUCAGAAGUCCAUUUGCUGUAAGCAGUGAAAGUGGCAACUAGGUCCUAAAUCCUUAAUAAGCAUUAUAGCAAUGUGUAGAACAUCUGUAAUAAAAACGAGGAUCCACAAGUUCUUGAUCCUACUGGAACAAAUACAAUUUGAAGCUCUUUUACCCUGACUUAAGCAUAAUCUCCUCUGUUUUCCUACAUGUUCAGCAUCAAUAUAUGCAGAAUUCAUCCGAAAAACAGAAGAUAAUUAGUAAAAGAACAACAUGAAUGAACCUUGCAUCGGUCCAACAAGACAUAACAGUCGAAGAAAGUAAAAGAAUUGAGCUUAAGAUGAUAGUAACAGUAAUCAAACUAGGCAGAAAUAACGACCCAAUGUUCUGAAACACUUUGAAAUUAUAAAAAAAAAAAAA